CCAGUCGGCGUCUUCCUUCUCACGAUGCUCUACGGUGCCUUCGUGUCACUAGCAGCAUUUAUGUUGUGUCUCAGUGUUUUCCUGGUGCACAGAGCCAGCGUUCUAGAAAAUGAUUUGCGCAAACUCCAAGGGGACAUAAUUCUACAAUUAAAUCAGCCACGUUCUGAGGGAGUCAAUGGGAAAAUGGCCAGGAUGUCUGAAAGAAGGGAGGACAUAAAGCCAAGUACUUUGCAAAAAAGUCAGAGUUCUCUGAAGAUUUCUUCCAGGAGAGCGAAACGGCAACAGGGCAGCUGCAGAGCUCCAACAUCAUUUCUGCAGUUAACAGCUAACACUAACAAACAGCCAGACAUAAAAGGAAAUAUAACAGUAAUCCCUUGGACUGUUUCUGCGCAGCGAGGAAAUGCAAUUUCACAAAGGGAAAACAGAAUUGUUGUCCAAGAAGAUGGAUAUUACUUUGUGUUUGCACAAGUUUUGUUCAAAAGCCCGAGUACAGUCAUGGGUCAUACCAUUCAAAGUUUGAGCUCCACUAGAACAGAGGGGACACCAACAGAACUCUUGCGCUGCCUGCAGGAGAUGCCCGAUAAAACUCCAGCCAAUACUUGUUACACCGCAGGCAUUGUGCGGCUGCUUCAGGAUGAUGAGCUUGAAUUGGUGAUCCCCCACAGGCCAAACUCCCUCAUCUCGAUGGACGCAGAGUCUACAUUUUUUGGUGUCAUACAGCUGAACUGAAACAAGUCAGUGUGAAGAUGAUAAUCAUGCAGCUUGUCGCUGCCGGAUGGGAGAAGCUGUCACUGAGCCGUGUGAGGGGAUACUGAUACAGGCCAAAACUCCAGGGACCUUUUUUUAAAAAUAAACUGCCUAACUCUACUACUUUUAAAAUCCUUUAGCUUUAAAACAUGAUGUUGUAUAUUGCAGGUAGUCUACCUGAACUGUCCCCUCGCAUUAUAUUUAUGUGUGCUUCCACCUCCUUUCAUCAGUCUAUUUUGACAUGUCUCUUUAUACCUCGCUCCGCCUCCACUUCGUCUGUUUAUUUGUUCCUCUCGUCUAUUUUAGAAAGGUUUCCGUUUACCGAAGACUAUGUCAGGAACAAACAAAGGUAUAAAUUUAUAUCCUUCUGCUCAGGAGGGGGUUCCUGGUGGACACCAAAUGCACCGUGGAUACUAAAAGGUAUCAUGAAGAAAUGUAACUUGUUAUAAAUAGAAUAAUGAGUCUGAAUACAAAUAAAUUGUCAUAUAGAUUAAUAAAUCGUUUUGAAAGUAUCAAUCCGUAUAAAUGGCUUCAUU